CAUCCUCCUAAAUCCAACCACACAUCUCAAUUCUCUUUAUAUAAUCAAAUCACCUUCACAGCCAUUCCUACUUAAAACACAAGAGAAAAUCAAGUAGACGAUGGAGAGGAGUUUAUCAGAGAAUGGUUAUGGUUCUUAUGGCAGUGAAGAGGAGAUUUCAAUAACCAAGGGUCCAUGGACAGAGCAAGAGGAUUCUGUUCUCUUCAAUUACAUAACGCUCCACGGUGAAGGUCAUUGGAACUCUGUCGCUCGCUACACAGGCCUAAAACGAACGGGGAAAAGCUGCAGAUUAAGAUGGUUGAACUACUUGCGUCCUAACGUUCGACGUGGGAACAUAACCCUCCAAGAACAGCUCUUGAUUCUCGACCUUCAUUCACGUUGGGGCAACCGGUGGUCGAAAAUAGCGGAACACUUACCUGGUAGAACAGACAACGAGAUUAAAAACUACUGGAGAACGAGGGUGGUGAAGCAGGCUAAGCAACUGAAGUGUGACGUCAACAGCAAGCAAUUCAGGGACACGUUGCGCUUUGUCUGGAUGCCACGUAUGCUGGAGCGGAUCCAGGCUCAAGCAUCCUCCAACCAUGCUCAAACAACCUUAAACGACACCGCUCAAGCGCACAGCGAACCUUGUGGAGCUACCAACACCGGAUUGUUCUCAGAGGCGUCAUCUGCAAUUGAACUUCACGCGCCUUCUUUUUCUGACUCCAGCGCGUGUUACAAUUUGAGAUCGUGUAGUGCAGAAGAAGGUAGCAGUAGCAACCUGUAUAGCUACUCGGAGAUACCCGAAAAUGGUUUCGGUGGCGCCGACUUGUGGACUGAUGAAAAUAUUUAUUUUCUACAACAGCAGCUAGCUGAUGAUUUCUGAACGCGUCUUCUCAUAAUUUCAACUUAGCAAUGUCAACUUCCCCUCACAUUGCUCACUUGAAAUUACAGUAUGAAGCUCGUGUUAAUUAAUUCAUCCAUUAAUAUUGUAACAGAAUUCAUGUUUCUUUCAAAGUUAGAUGAAAUUAUUAACUUUAAUAAAAUUUCAUUUCAAUCUAUCAAUUAACGUAGUUUAAAUUGUGAUCCAUGUUACUUAAAUUAAUUUUAAGAGAACCGAUCGAUAUUUGUUAUUAAGCGUGCCUUGCACAAAUCAUACGUGUAAAUUUUUAAUAGAAAUAAAAGGUGAUGAGUUUAUUUCA